ACUGAACGUGAUUUGCGCAAUGAAAUGAGUAAGGUGAAACGGUUGAAACUUAAAGAAGGUGAUGCGAAUGCUAUGCUAAAGUAUUUCAACAAAAUGAGUUCUGACAAUCAAAUUUUUUUUAGCAUGCAUAGAUUGGAUGACGAUAUGACAUUAAAAGAUAUUCUAUGGGUUGAUGCUCGAAGUAGAGUAGCAUAUGAAGAGUUUGGAGAUGUGGUUUGUUUUGAUGCAACGUAUUUGACUAACGAGUAUGAGUUGCCAUUUGCUAACUUUGUAGGGGUUAAUCAUCAUGGGCAGAGUAUUUUACUAGGUUGUGCAUUAAUUUCUCACGAGAAUACGAAGACUUAUGAGUGGGUUUUCUCUACAUGGCUAAGUUGCAUGGGUGGUAAAAGUCCAAUGGGCAUUCUUACAGAUCAAGAUGCGGCAAUGCGGAAGGCAUUGCUUACAUCUAUGCCCGAAGCUCGACAUCGAUGGUGUUUGUGGCACAUAACUGAAAAGUUUUGCUCAAAACUAGGCAUGUUUGAGAAAUAUCAAGAUAUUAAGGAUGAUCUUCUUUAUGCCAUAUAUAAUAGCUUAGAUCCUUCUGAAUUUGAGGAGAAUUGGAACAAUGUAAUUGCAAAGUAUGAUCUUGUUGACAAUGGUUGGCUUGGAGGUUUAUAUCGGGAAAGAGAAAUAUGGGUUCCUGCAUACAUGAGACACAUGUUUUGGGCGGGAAUGAAGACUACACAAAGAGUAGAUAGUAUAAACAGCUUCUUUGACGGGUAUGUGAACAAACACACUCGGUUGUAUGAGUUUGCGGAGAGGUAUUGUGAAGCAAUGGAGGUUCGCGCAAAUGACGAGAAGGAGAACGACGCAAAUUCAGCCAGGUAUGUGAGGACACUUGAAACUGAUUUUUCUGUUGAAGCUAUAUACCAGAAGAUAUACACUGACAAUAAAUUUAAGGAGGUUCAAAGAGAGUGCACUAGGUCCUUAUAUUUGAAUGUGCAGGGAAAGAAUGUAGUUUCAGAUAAUGUUUUGGAACAUUAUGUUCAAGAUAGGGUGUGGGUAAAGAUGUAAAGACACAAGGAAAGAGAUUGUUUCCAAAAAAAAAGAGGAUGUACAAGGUUAUGUUUGACUCUAGUACAAAGGAUGUAAGUUGUGCAUGCAAGUUAUUUGAGUGCAAUGG